AUGUCUUCACCAACAUUAAUAGAUAAUUCCAUUACAAAUAAUACAAUAAUUUGGGAUAAAUCAUCAUUACCAGAUAAAAUUCAAACAUUCGAUGAAUAUAAAAGUUUAUAUACAUUAUCAAUUGAAGAUCCAAAUCGUUUUUGGAAAAUGGCAGCUGAACGUUUAAAUUGGUAUCAUUUUCCAACGAAAAUAAAAAAUACUGAAUUUGAUUAUCGUACAGAACGUGGUAUUGAUAUAAAAUGGUUUGAAGAUGGAAUAAUAAAUGUUUGUUAUAAUUGUCUUGAUCGACAUAUUGAAAAAGAUCCAAAUAUAGCUAAUCAAAUAGCUCUUAUAUUUGAACCAGAUAUACCAACAGAUACUCAUCAUCAUAUAACAUAUGGUGAACUUUUAUGCAAAGUUAAAAAAUUUGCAAAUGUUUUAAAAAAACAUGGAAUAAAAAAAGGUGACCGUGUUACAAUUUAUAUGCCUAUGGUAAUUGAAGCGUGUAUUGCAUUACUUGCAUGUGCACGUAUUGGUGCAAUACAUUCAGUUGUAUUUGGUGGUUUUAGUUCACAUAGUGUAGCUGAACGUAUAUCUGAUUGUAAUGGAACAAUUGUUAUAACAAGUGAUUUUGGUGUACGUGGUGGAAAAUGUAUACCAUUAAAAAGUAAAAUUGAUCAAGCAUUAUUAAUGCCAGAAUGUAAUACUGUUAAAACUGUAAUUGUUUUUCAACGAUAUUAUGGUAUGGAAAAUUUAAAAGAUGAUUGUGUAGAACGACGUAAAACACUUGAAUGGGUAAAUGGAAGAGAUUUUUGGGCACAUGAAGAAUUAGAAACAGUUAAUGAUAUUUGUGAACCUGAACAAAUGAAUGCAGAAGAUCCAUUAUUUAUUCUUUAUACAAGUGGUUCAACAGGAAAACCAAAAGGAAUUUUACAUACAACUGGUGGUUAUUUAACAUAUGUAAAUUUAACAUUUAAAUAUGUUUUUGCUUAUAAUCCAGGUGAAAUAUAUAUGUGUAGUGCUGAUGUUGGAUGGAUUACAGGUCAUUCAUAUGUGGUUUAUGGACCAUUAGCUAAUCAAGCAACAACUGUGGUUUUUGAAGGUAUUCCAACAUAUCCUGAUGUAUCACGUUUUUGGAAUAUUAUUGAUAAACAUCAAAUAAAUAUAUUUUAUACAGCACCAACAGCUAUUCGUUCAUUAAUGGCACAUAAUGAUUCAUAUGUUACAAAAACAAAUCGUCAAUCAUUAAGACUUUUAGGUACAGUUGGUGAACCCAUUAAUCCAGAAGCAUGGAGAUGGUAUUGUAAUGUUGUUGGUAAUGGUCGAUGUCCAAUUGUUGAUACAUGGUGGCAGACUGAAACUGGUGGAUUUAUGAUAACACCUAUUCCAAAUGUUUGGGAAUUAGAAGCUGGCUCAGCAACACUUCCAUUUUUUGGUAUUCAAACUCAAAUAUUCGAUGAAAAAACACGAAAACCAUUAGAAAUACCAGAUCGAGGUGAAUUAUGUAUUCGAGAUUCUUGGCCUGGUCAAGCACGUAGUCUUUAUGGUAAUCAUAAACGUUUUGUUGAUGUUUAUUUUAAACCAUAUCCUGGUUAUUAUUUUUCUGGUGAUGGAUGUGAAAUUAAAAAAAAUGGUUAUCAUUGGAUCACGGGUCGUGUGGAUGAUGUUCUUGUUAUAUCAGGACAUAAUAUUGGUACAGCUGAAGUUGAAUCUGCUCUUGUUCAACAUGUUGCUGUAUCUGAAGCAGCUGUUGUUGGUUAUCCUGAUCCAAUAAAAAAUCAAGGAAUGUAUUGUUUCGUUACAUUAAAAGAUAAUGUUCUAGAAUCGGAUGAACUUCGUAAAGAACUUAUUAAAACUGUACGUGAUGUUAUUGGUGCACAUGUUCAUCCUGAUAUAAUACAUUUUGCACCGAAUUUACCUAAAACUCGUAGUGGAAAAAUUAUGCGACGUAUUUUACGUAAAAUUGUUGAACCAGAUAUUCAUAAUUUAGGUGAUACAUCAACAUUAAAUGAUCCAACUGUUGUUGACGAAUUAAUAAGAACAUCUCCACGAACAAAACUUACAUAG